GAGCGCCUUGACUCCCUGUUACGCAGCUGACUCAAAUUGUUUAUUUAUUUAAUUAUUUGUUUUAAGCUCUAAACAGAGUCCAGUGAAAAGCAAUAUAAAUAAUAUAACGUGUUCUUUUUUAUUUUUUUAUUUCUGCAAUGCCUUUCUUUACAACGAAUCAAUUUGACCAUGAUGUUGAGAGAGCAACCAGUGAGAUGAACACAGCUGAAGACUGGGGACUUAUACUGGAUAUCUGUGACAAAGUAGGGCAGUCUCGCACAGGGCCUAAAGAAAGCCUAAGGUCCAUUAUGAGACGUGUGAACCACAAAGAUCCUCACAUAGCUAUGCAAGCACUGACACUUCUAGGAGCAUGUGUAUCAAACUGUGGCAAAAUCUUUCAUCUAGAAGUUUGUUCGAGAGAUUUUGCAAGUGAAGUUAGCAAUGUUUUAAAUAAGGGUCAUCCGAGGGUCUGUGAAAAAUUAAAAGCCCUAAUGGUAGAAUGGGCAGAAGACUUCAAGAAUGACCCACAGCUUAGUCUGAUAUCAGCAAUGAUAAAAAACCUAAAGGAGCAAGGAGUAGCAUUUCCAACAGCAGGCUCUCAGGAGGCAGACCAGGCAAAAGCAAGCCCUGCUUUAGUAGCUAAGGACCCCACAACAGCAGCAACUAAAAAGGAAGAGGAGGACCUGGCAAAAGCUAUCGAGUUAUCGUUAAAAGAACAAAGGCCACAGCAGCAGGGCCUCAUCAGCCUGUAUCCUAGUGCAUCAAGCCUUGCAACAAACACAAAAUCAGAGGGCAGAAAAGUGCGAGCGAUUUAUGACUUUGAAGCUGCUGAGGACAAUGAACUGACAUUUAAAGCGGGGGAAAUCAUCACAAUUCUUGACAACAGUGACCCAAACUGGUGGAAGGGUGAAACAUAUCAAGCAAUCGGUUUAUUUCCUUCAAACUUCGUGACCGCAGACCUUACUGCAGAGCCUGACAUGAUCAAAACAGAGAAGAAAACGGUGCAGUUUAGUGAUGAAAUCCAAAUAGAGACAUUGGAACCUGAACCAGAGCCAGUGUAUAUUGAUGAAGAUAAAAUAGACCUGUUGCAACAAAUGUUACAAAGUGCCGACCCUACGGAUGGUCAGCCAGAAUCCCCCGAACUACUGCAUCUUGAGGGUGCCUGCCAUCAAAUGGAACCUAUGAUUGAUCAGAAGCUUGAAGACAUUGAUAGGAAACACUCUGAACUGUCAGAACUGAACGUAAAGGUGAUGGAGGCCCUUUCACUAUAUGCAAAACUAAUGAAUGAAGACCCUGUGUGUGCCAUGUAUGCUAAGCUGCAAAGCCAGCAAUAUUAUAUGCAACAGCCUGCUUCAGCCAUUUCACAGGUUUACCCUGGACAAGCACAAAGCAGUGCAUAUGUAGUAAAUGGUGGUGCUCAAAUGGGACCAGUACAGGGCUACAGUGUUCCACAAGAACAGCAGCCGUCCUUGAACCAAGGAGCACUUCCACCAAACUCAGGAGCUACCCUGACCAGCCAGCCAGAUCAAAGCACCUACACAAACACUAUGGUAAAUUCAGUACCAGGAAGCACAUAUAUGAACCAGCCUCCUGUCUACAGCCCAUCUGCUCAUGCUGCUGCUAGUGCUGACAUGUCUGCAUACCCAAAUAUGCCAAACUACACUGUUGCCUCUACAAGCCUUCCCCAGCAAGCAGACAGUCAACAGCAAUCUCAUUACUCUCAAAAGGCACUGCUAUAGGACCUCAGGCUUUGAGCAUUCCUUAUCUAGAUCAGCCUCUGCUAGGCAUCCUACUGUAGACCUUACUUUUAAUUUACAGCAGCCAUGCUUUGGCCCUCCGUUCUCUAUACAUUGGGACAAAGAGUUAACAACAACUCUACCACAUCACAAUAUCACUAUGACUGCUUUAUUUUUUAAAGGAUUUUUUAUUUUAUUUUAUUUAUUUUUUUUGCAGAGAGCGAUUAUUUUGUUCUCUGUAAAAUUGUUAUUAUCAUUACUAUUUAUGCUGGGUGCAGCUGGCUAAACUGUGAAAGUUUUAAACAUUGUGUUGCAAAUAUUGUACAUAUAUUGGGGAUGCGAUUUUCAUUAGGAGUCAGUUUGGCUUGCCAUAGUGAUCAUGUUAGCACCUCUAACUCGGUGUUAAAUUAAUUUGCAUCAUAAAUGUAUAAAGAGCUAGGUAUUAUGUUUUUGUAGUGUAUUUUAAUGUGUGUGUGUGUGUGUGUGUGUGUGU